CUCUCGCGCUAGCCUAGCGCAGCCUCACAGACGCUCGUGAAAUCAACAAGGACGGUUUGCUUCCACAUCUAUCGCCUAUUCUCGGGAUUUUCUGGAUAAACAACACCGUAAUCGAUGCGAGGCCUUCUAACAGACAUUCGCCGCUGAUUUUACGCCCGCGUUUUUUCUGUUUUUGUCGUUUUUUCCCCCCUCAGCGGAGCGUUCGUUGGAUUCGUUAUGAAUUCCAGCCCGCUUCCUAACGGCAGACUCCUACCGGACAGCCAGAGCUGGAACUCCUCCGGUUCCGACGAGGAUCUGGACGUCGAACCGGGACCCGGGCCGCACGGAGGGAUUGCGGAAUUCGGCGGGGUGCUCAGUAAGUGGACUAACUACAUUCAUGGAUGGCAGGACCGCUGGGUUGUUCUGAAGAACAACACCUUGAGUUACUACAAAUCCCAGGACGAGCGCGAGUAUGGCUGCCGCGGUUCCCUCUGCCUCAGCAAGGCUGUCAUCACACCUCAUGAGUUUGACGAGUGCCGGUUGGACAUCAGCGUCAAUGAUAGCGUGUGGUAUCUACGUGCUCAGGACCCAGAGCAUCGCAACCAAUGGAUCGAUUCCAUCGAGCAACACAGGGCUGAGUCUGGUUAUGGCUCCGAGUCCAGUUUGAGGAGACACGGCUCCAUGCUGUCCCUCACAUCAGCCACCAGUGGAUACUCAGCCACCUCCACCUCCUCCUUUAAGAAGGGUCACAGUCUGCGGGAGAAGCUGGCAGAGAUGGAGACGUUUCGAGACAUCCUGUGCAGGCAGGUGGACACGCUGCAGAAAUACUUUGACGGUUGCGCUGACGCCGUGACUAAAGACGAGCUCCAGAGAGACAAAAUCGUGGAGGACGAUGAAGAUGGUUUCCCUACCACUCGCUCCGAUGGAGAAUUCCUGCAUAACAACAACGGUAGCAAGGAGAAACUAUUCCAUUGUUUGAGUCAUAAAGGCAUUAAUGGGAUAGAUUUUAAAGGAGAGGCCAUCACGUUCAAGGCGACCACGGCGGGGAUCUUGGCUACGCUUUCUCACUGCAUCGACCUGAUGGUGAAGAGAGAGGACAGCUGGCAGAAAAGACUGGAUAAGGAGAUGGAGAAGAGGAGGAGGGUGGAGGAGGCGUAUAAAUCAGCCCUGUCCGAGCUGAAGAAGAAGUCUCAUUUUGGAGGGCCUGAUUACGAGGAGGGUCCAAACAGCCUGAUCAAUGAAGACGAGUUCUUUGACGCAGUGGAGGCCGCUCUGGACCGACAGGACAAAAUAGAAGAACAGUCUCAGUGUGAGAAGAGCAGGAUACAGAGGAGCAGUUCAGUGCCUUCGGGAGACGUCUACUCCAGUGUGGGCUCUCACCGAUUCGCUGAGAAGCCCCCCUCUCGUCCUUCCUCUCCCUCAUCUUCUGCUGUAGCCUUCACUCCUUCACUCUAUGAGCACAGAUUCAGUGCUGAGGUGGAGGAGAUGGUUCAGAAUCACAUGACCUACUCGCUGCAGGACGUGGGUGGAGACGCUAACUGGCAGCUGGUGGUGGAAGAGGGAGAGAUGAAGGUGUACCGGCGCGAGGUGGAGGAGAACGUCGUGCUGGACCCUCUGAAGGCCACACACAGUGUCAAAGGGGUCACAGGUCACGAGGUCUGCCAGUACUUCUGGGAUACGGAUGUUCGUAAUGAUUGGGAGACUACUGUCGAAAACUUCAACACCGUGGAAACGCUGUCCGAUAACGCCAUCAUUGUCUACCAGACUCAUAAGAGAGUGUGGCCAGCAUCCCAGAGAGACGUCUUGUACCUGUCUUCCAUUCGUAAGAUUAUAGCCAAUAAUGAGAACGAUCCAGACACAUGGCUCGUCUGCAACUUCUCAGUCGAGCACGAGAAUGCCCAGCCAAACAACAGAUGCGUUCGUGCUAAAAUCAACAUUGCAAUGAUCUGCCAGACGCUGGUCAGUCCACCGGAGGGAGACAAAGAGAUCAGCAGGGACAACAUCCUGUGCAAAAUCACAUAUGUGGCCAAUGUGAAUCCUGGCGGCUGGGCUCCUGCGUCUGUCCUGAGGGCCGUCGCAAAGAGAGAAUAUCCCAAGUUCCUCAAGCGCUUCACUUCCUAUGUCCAGGAGAAAACUGCCGGAAAGCCCAUCCUCUUCUGAGCACCAGUUCCCCAGUUCUGCCAUGGGUGUGCCGAGCGCCUCCAGUUCCCGCACACUCCUCUAGCUACAGCGCCCUCUAGCGACACAGAAGACUCAUCGCGUCCCUUCUCCAGACUGUUCUGAAUCCCGCUGCCACAGGAAGCCCCUGCGGCGGCCCAUCGGCAGACGCUUGAUGCCGUUCUGUAGCGCCACACUAGCUCACACAGACAGAGGACUAGAGAUGCCAAACGCCAAUGUCUGUCCCAUGUUUUCUGGCAGAGAUCUAUAUUGAUAUGAAUAUAUAUGUAUGUAUGUAAGUAAGUGAGAUGGGAAGUUUCUAUAUAACGGAGAGUUUUGAAGCUGAACACAUGAGACCGGCUCUGUUUUAGUCUUGUUUUUUUCUGUUUUGAACAAACAUUUCAGCUUUGCUUUCAUUGUCCUCGUAUAAUUGUUGUUUGGGGAAAUCAAAGGCAUGUUUGUGAGUGAACUCUAUGAACCUGCCUUUCGUCUCGAUGUCGGCCGUCUCUUUUAUGAAGUGCAGCAUCUGCUGAUGAUGAGGAGACGCUUCAUUUCUUUCUUGAUUUAGUUAUAUCCGUGUCUCAGCAGCUGAUAUACCGUAGCACAAUUCCAGAUCGAUCGUUACCGCCAGAAAUUUUUAAUACGUCAGAAAAACUUUGCGCGCAGAUUAUUUGUAUAUAAUUUCAUUAUUGCUUCAGAUCGUCAGUCGAUGCUUUUACCUAACUAAUCCGACUCCAUAUGCCUUAGUGUGUGUGUGUGUGUGUGUGUGUGAGUGAGAGACUGUGUGUACCGACUCAAACAUUUCUAGAAAAGUGCCUCAUUAUUGAUCUUGCUGAUCGUACCGCCCACAUCCGUUAUAUCCAAACUACAGCCACAAACCAACCUGGCAUCCUGUAGUGUUUAUACAAAGAUCAUUUCAUAUUGAUUUCGUACCUCAAGUUAUUAUUUAAAUGUGAUUUUGCAAUCAGACUGAGUCAUCAGAAGAGCAUUCUCUUAUUGGAGGAGCCCUGACGCCAAUCAAAUUCACUGUCCAAUAGGGAGAUGCGGUUCAAAUUUGGGGCUUAGAUGAUAUGUAGUUAUAGAUCAGGUAGAAUUAGUUGCAUUUAUUUAUUUUUUCUUGAUUAAAUGUAUUCUUCUAAAGUGAAAAAGUAAAUCUCAAGCAUUAGUAAACUAUUUUAAAAGGCACAAACUGGCAAAAUAUGAUGUUCUUACUCAGUAUUUUUGUCAUGUUUUCCAGUCAAAAAAUCUACAAAUUCUUAAAUCAAGAUAUAUUUACUCGAGAAGUAAAAUUAAGAUAUUAAGUCUUGUUUUCUUAAAUUAUGCUUGAAACAAGAAUGUCAGUGGGGUAAAAAAAAAUCAAGUUUUUGUUUUGUUUUUUAACCCACUGAUAGAUGUUUUUCUUUGUUUUAGGCACAACCCCAUUUAAUUUUUAUACAUUUACUGUAGUUGAUUUAAGGAUGAUUUCACUUAAUUUUGAUCUAUUUUUCAGAAAAGGUUUUCCUUUUGCAUCCACAGUGUAAAAUAAAUAAAAUUACUUAAGAUGUUAGUUAGAUAGCAGUCUUGUUUUCUGAAAGAAAAAAAAAAAAAAAAAGUUAAUUCUUAAAACAAGAAAAAAUAAAUCUCUCAGUGGGGUUAAAAAAUAUAUAUAUUUCCGUUUGGAAUAAAUGUAUUUUUUAGUCAACUGCCAAAUAUUAUUGUUUCAAUUCACUUAAUUUACAUUAAUUUUUCAGAAAAUGUUUGCAUACAAUUUGCAUCUACAGUAAGUAAAAUGACUUGAUCAAAUUAGUUUAUGCUUAAAACAAGAAAAAAUAUAUGUCAAAAAAUCUUGUUUUCCCUUUGAAUUAAAUAGAUUUUUUAUAUAUAUUUUCUGACAUGUUUACGCAUAAAUUCACUUAAUUUUGAUAAAUAUAUUGCAUCUCCGAUAUUUUGCAUCUCCAAUAAAUUUAUGAUGAUUUAAGAAUUUUUUAAUAUUUAUACUGGAAAACAAGACAAAAAAAAAAACUGAGCAAGAAAAUAAUUUUUUGCAAAAGACCAGAGCUUUUCCAUUUUUUGCGAAACAUUUUCAUUGGUCAAAACUGUUCCCAUGUUAGACUGUUAAAAACACCGUAGAGGACGACGAGUAGAGCAGGUGCACGACAACAUCGGAGUAUUUGCGAUUUAUAAAACGCCACUCUCGUACAACUUAAACAUUCCAGACACUCGCUGAACCCGAAUGUACGAAUCCACCGGAGUGAAACCGUAAAGCUGAAUGUGUUACUUUAACAAACGUACACCUGAUUUACCCCCCGAGGUGAGCGUUUGCUGAUUGGAGGGUUUAUCGGUGGAAACAGCCAAUCAGGAGAGGCGUUCUGCUUGUGUGUCCGUCUAAUACAGUCUAAUGUGUUAUUAGUUGCAUUUGCACUGAAUGUAAUGUCGUUGGGGUUCAGAUGUUUCGUGUACAUAAUAACGUGUCACACUAAAGGUGUCAGGAUGAACAUGUACUGUGAAUAGAGGGCGGCACCGCGGCCCUGUGUAGAGAGGAAUAAAAUGAUUGACAUCUUUCUGCA